AGGGAAAGAGAUAAAAGUAUAAUGGUGGAAGCAAGACGAGAGAGUUCUUCCGAAGGAAGCGUGACGGAACGAUGGAGUCUUCAGGAGAGAAAGAGAAAGUUUUAACGUUAGAGGAAGAGAGCCACGUUUCGUCGGUGUGUUGGACGAGAAGGGAGAAAGACGUUCGAGACAAGGACGGAGUGAGAGGAAGAGAGACGAUUACAGGGUUCGAGGGGGAAACGCACACAAGUCCAAGAGAGAAAGGCAGAAUCCGAAGAGUCGGCAAGUGACGACGAAGAGGGGGUGGCGAGUAUUGGCGAAGGAAGCACAGUGUGGGGCGGAACACGGCAAAGGAGGGGUGAGGGGGAGGAGAAACGGUACCUUGGCGCGCGAGCCCGAAACUACAGAAUUUCAAGCAGACUAGUGCCGGCGUUCGUACGACACGGUUCUACAGUAAUACAGUGAACGAAUGUAAAUCCAAGGAAAGUGAGAGAAAGGAAACAACAACAGAGAGAGAGAGAGAGAGAGAGAAAGAGAAAGAGGGGGAGAAUCAACGGAGGGGGUGGCAUAAAGUUGAGGUGGUUGCGUCUCACUGUAUUCGCGGCUUCAAUUCUGUCGUUCUCGCAGUAUCGGGAUACGUGACGUUAAGUGAUCACUUCUGAGAGACGCCUACGCUUAAUUGCCUGCGCGAGCAGAUACUCGGAGUACUAAACUGACUGACUGAUAUACGAAGAAAUAGACUGUUGUAUUAAAUGUAAUAAACAAAGUGCAAAGUGGACACGCCGUUCGUGACAGUCGUUGGAAUUUUCAAAAUAAAAACUUCAAAGCGCGUUUCCAUCCGAAAUUCUUCGGAGAGAUUGCGUGAGAUCGCUUCGUCGUGAGUGACAUUGCGUUAAAGGAAUGCAGAUACGAAAAUCGUCGGUGUUGCUAUUUAACAUGUAAAUCAUGAGCGGUACAUGUGCCCGCUGUUUUGUUUUGUUGUGAGUUAACCGACAUUGUUUGAAAUCUCUCUUAUUAGAAACUGCGUAUACUUAACGUAACGCGACAGUAGCCAGCAAGUGGAACUAUCCCGCUGCCGUCGUUGCCGUCGUUGUCGAUACGUCGUCAAGCCGACGAUGCUGCACACGGUGAUCGCGAUUUUUCGAGUGACAUUCAGUUGGAUGUUCGUGUCUGAAAUCGGUGCGGUCAUAUGAUAAAUGUAGAACACGCUGUAUCCCCGGUUUCUUUUUAUUUUCUCCUUCUCUCUUUUUUUGUUUGAUCCCUUCCUCACCCUCCCCCCGCCUACCGCUACCGGCUCAGCUGUCAGCUAAGUCACAAGGCGCAUUGUUUCGUCCCCACCGAGACUGAACCCGCACACACACACGUGAUCGAUUCUACGGUGCCAUUUCGCGCUACUACUGAUGCCCACAUGAUAUCUCGUGUGAUUUUAACGCGUCACGGGACAAGAGGCGGCGAAGUGAAACAGCUGGAAGUACAGAAAGUAAGAAGAAAAGAGAAACAAGGAGAAAAUCACUUCGCUGUAGUGCGCGCGCGCUCACGGGCGCAUGGCGGGCGCCCGUGUCGUCCGGUCGUUCGAUUCGUGUUGUGUAUAAGCUACUGUUCGAUUGCGUGAAUCUCACGUACGAUUAAAUGACGGUUAAAGCGCGUGACUAGACAGCUGAGACGGAGAAAGAGAGAGAGGACAAUAUGAGUGAGAUGACGAGUGGCGCCGAGUCGCAGAAGCAACAGCAACAAUACGUUGGCGGUAGUUCGAACGCGGAGCAUCACUGCAAGGACUGCGGUCUUAACUUUGAAAGUGAGAAGAGCCUUGAAGUUCAUUUGCACUAUCAUCACGAGAAUUUAUUGAAUCGAUGGGGUAAUAAGGCACCGCAAGAGGAGAGCAAUAAUAAUCAUAGUAAGACUGGUAACCAUAAUAGCCACGUGAACGUCAACCGGGAAAACGUGACAAUACCAGCAGACUCGAGUGAACCAUCAUCGAUGUCGCCCUCUCAGGAUCUAACAUCCUCGCAACAACAACAACAACAGCAGCAACAACCACAACAGCAAUCUCAGGAACAAUCUGCCUCACAUACACUUGUAUGUCAGCCAUAUGAUCAGUUUCAACCAAUGUAUGGUCAAAACGACUACUUCAUGCCUCAAAACAAUCAAACUUUUAUGAUAGCCCAUCAUUUUUCGCCAUCGCAAGAAGACGGUCAAAGCAACGAUACUCGCGAUAGUAAUUAUACGCGUUACCAUCCAUAUCAGCAUCAGAUUUUUUCCGCGGAUCGUGCAACUUCGAAUUCUACCAGCCCGCAAAGCCCACCUUUUGUAUGUGAAAAAUGCGGCGCUGUUUACGAUGAUGGGAAUCAAUUCGCUGACCACAUGAGAAGAAUCCACUUAGAUUCGCCUGCAUAUCCAUCCGCGCCUCAGUAUCAGCAACUGGGCAAUAGUCCUCAGCAACAGAGUCAGCAACAAUUGCAUUCAUCGCCACCUCUUUCAAAUCAACCUCAACAACAAUCUAGCUACGAUUAUAACGGUGUACAAAUGAUUAAAUCUGAGAUUAAAGAACAGCCAGAGGAACAAGCUGAGAUCCUGGACUUGGAUUCUCAUAAGGUGCAAACACAUAGAUACGAGGAGGAGAUCAUGAGACAUCAGCAACAAGGACUUCAUAUACAGAUGCAUCAUCAACAGAUGCUGCAGCAGCAGCCACCACCGAGAAUAGGAUCGGUGAGUACUCUAAAUUGGCCAAUCAUUUCAACAACAGAUUAUCCCUCUGGACUCCCACCAAUGGGUCCCAAUGUUUCAACGAUCGCUGAUCAGGAACAGUACAUGCGUGGUCAACACAUAGCCGAGCAUGCACAUCAGGGCUCAUCGAUAAUCACGAGUGCACAACCAAUGUCUAGUCAUCAAAUGACAACUGGGUACGUACAGCAACCGUCAAAAACGCCAUUGGCGAAUCAAUCCUGGAAAAGCAACGAGCCGCGUCGUCCAAAGACUUACAAUUGCACCGCGUGCAACAAGUGGUUUACAAGUUCAGGACAUCUAAAGAGGCACUAUAAUACGACGCUGCACAAAAACGCUGUCAAGAAUGGAAAAGAACCUGAUCCGGCAACUUUGCCAAUUACUGCUCAUCAUCAUCCCGCUAGAGAAAAUAAUGCUGGUCCAAGCGGCAGAGGUGGCGGCGGCGCUCCAGCGCGAUCUCCAACAGACUUAUCAUCUUCACGGAGUCCCCCAAACUCGAUGGCAGGUCCCUUGGGCGAGGCGACGAGGGGCCUGCUUCCCACGCCCACCACGCUCUGCAACAAUUCCAGCAACAACGACUCUUUAACAAUGGCCCUGGUACAGCGGCAACAGCAGCAGCAGCAGCAGCAGCAGCAGCAGCAGCAGCAGCAGCUGGUCCACCUGUCGGGAAUAAUGCCGCUCAAUUCCCCGCCGGUAUCAUCGCCGCUGGGACAUCAUCAGCAACAAAUGGGUACUGCGCCUCACCAACUGGGCCUCCAACAGCAACAGCAGCCUCACCUGCCAACGGUUUCACCGGGCCAGCCGGUGCACCAUUCCACGACUUCACCCAUGGCCCCACCGGCGGCCAUGAAUUGCCAUUCGCCAAUGGGUUCGUCAUCCCACCCAGUUCAUCAUAUGAAUUCGCCGCCCGGCUCGGUCCAUCCGGCAAUGACUUCGCCCACAGCGAUGGGGGGUACUACGAUGCCUCAUCAGCCGUACCCAAACGCCAUGCCCCCCCACGUUACAAUUAUUACCAGCACCCCGGUGGCCCCACUGGAGUCUACCCAAGUAAUUACCACCAUGCAGCUAGUUACUACUGGUAAUGAACAAAGUGAGCAACAGCAGACUUUGCCCGCUUUUUCAACUUUUGAGCAAAAAACCCAACCGAGUUAUUCGGAACUCGGUAUGAAUGGGUUUGACGAGGGUCACCAAAUAGUUAUAGAGCCCAUGGACGUGGGGGGGCUAAGUGCGGAGGAAGUUACUCCUCAAAAUUCUUUUGAAUCUCCAACAUCAAACUACGAUCCAUUUUCACCAUCACGUUAUAAAUUGUCAACCACAAAUGAGAGCAACGUGAUGCAAGAUCCGAAUAUACAAAUUACAUUCUGCGCUUUGGAAUUGGGACAAGCGAUUGAUGUCGUAAAUAAUAAUCAUCUGCAUCAGGAACAGGCGAAGGAAGAUUUGGAUCCAAACAUCAUUGUACAGCCAAAGAAAACGCGUAAGACUAAAGCAACCAAGCAACGUCAGAUCACUACCACCAGUGCUAAUAUUAUCUCGAAGGAUGGUUUCCAUAAAUGCCUUGAUUGCGAUAAAUUUUUCAAUAAGGCCUGCUACUUAACACAGCACGUCAAGAGUUUCCAUUCGGGUGAUAAGCCAUAUAAAUGCUCCCAAUGCGGAAAACGAUUUCCAGAUACGGAAAUGCACGGAAGACACGUGGAAAUGCAUGCAAUGGCGAGAAAGCACAAGUGCCAUGUAUGUCCGAAGGUAUUUGCUCAUAAAACUGAUCUCAAGCGGCAUAUUUGCAUCCACACCGGUAAAAGACCGUUCAAAUGUGACGUAUGUAACAAGGGAUUCAUCAGGCAGGAUCACAUGAAAAAACAUCAGGAUACGCACAACAAAAAAAUGCGAGGAAACUCUCAACGUCAGCCUGCCGGCUCACGAAUCAACACUACUAUACAAGCCACCACUCAACAACCCACUACUACUAUAGAAGAAGAAAUUGAUUGUUUAAGACGCAAUUUCCCUUUAAUAAAGGUAUGAAGACAUGCUCUUGGAAUGUUUAUAAUCAAUUAGGUUACUCAAUACGAUUUCGAAAUUAUUGAUGAUAGAACGCGAAAUAAGAUUCUCUACCGAUCAUCGGAAAUCGUCUCUAUUCGCAAUAGUUUCACAAAAUUUCUGUUUUUUUCCGUUAUUUUUUAAUCUAAAAUUUAAAACUCAGCUUGUAU